AUGUGUUUAGAUGUGUACAAUAGGGAAUCAGGUCCUUUGGAAAUAGGAGAGCUAGAGACACCGAGAGAUCGAAGGUCUGUCCCAGUGGCCACUCUUCGGUACCUAGCAGGCUCCAAAUACCAAGCAAAUCACGUAGAAGGUUCCUGUGCUAGUGAAAAUUCUGACUAUACGGAUGCAAGAAGCGUCGAAAGCGAAACUGACCCCGAUGGUUCCUCACCAUACUACGCAGAACGCUCCGUACAGAGGAGCAUUAAAUCGUCCCAGAAAUCAUCGGACCUUAAAACACUAAAUUUAAAACCAGCCAAAGGAACAAACACAAGUAAUAAUUUUGCUCGAGAGUUCAUCCUGAGGUACGCUACUAAUCUGGGCUCCGAAGUCCAGUACUACCAAAACCUCAAACCUCAAGAAUCGCUUUUUCACAACAUGGACUACAUCCACUCACACUUGGCUUCUCUUAAUCCCAAUUUUAUCAACUUCAACUACGGACGACUAGGGUACACAAAUUAUAACACCUUUAACCGAUUCCAAGAACAUUAUCCACAUUUCGAUAAGUUUCCCUCAUACCCAGACAAAUAUUCUUGUAUGGACAAAUAUUCUUGUAUGGAAAAGUUUCCGGGGUAUAUGGACAAAUUUCCGGGUUAUAUUAACAAGUGCUCAUCGAGUUAUUUGAGCAGGUACCAGGAUGGUUACUUCAGGCCUGAAAAUCAUUACAGAACAAACUACACCUACAGACAUGAAAAUUACGGAAUUCACCCCGGAAAUCAUGGAAUUCACCCGGGAAAUGAAGGAAUUCACCCUGGAAAUCUUUUGGAACGGGUACACUACCCGGGAAAUCACGGAAUCCAUCCGGUAAAUGACGGGAUUCACCCCGUAAAUUACGGAAUUUACGGUGAGAAUCACGCAGUUUACGGUGAGAAUCUUGUGGAACGGCCGCAUCUUUCAAUGUAUUCUGAUAACUAUCACAGGGUUGACCAUAACUUGUCCACGACAAACUAUAGCACAAAUGCCAACUACAGCUCAAGUGAUCAGGGAACCAAAUAUUCACUCCAUAAUGAUCAAAAAUACUCAAUUCAUAAUGAUCAAAAGUAUUCACUCCAUAAUGACCAAAAGUAUUCACUCCACAAUGAUCAAAAAUACUCAAUUCAUAAUGACCAAAAGUACUUAAUUCACAAUGACCAAAAGUAUUCACUGCAUAAUGACCACAAGUAUUACCUGGACAAGUAUGGUUACCCGCUGGAAACCCAUGAAAGAGAAAAAGAACAAUCCGAUGAGAAAAAAGAACACAAACCCAGAGAUCCGGUACCUAAAUCAAGUGAUUACACAGUGAGAGAACACACAUCAGGUCACACAGUGAGAGAUUACACACUGGAAAAAGUGGGAGAAAGAGUGGGAGGAACAGUGAGGGAUAUUGAGUGUAUAGAUUCUGAGUUAAUAAAGUCGGUAGUUGAGAAGGCUGUGAUGGAAGCGUUUGACAGGUGUUUAUCGGAAAAAAGGGGCGAGGAGACAUGCCUGACAGAUUCCGUGACCCGAGAGUACACAUUUGAUAAAAACGACACCACGCUAACGUACCAGGAGCAAAACCAACUUUACUCUCGUGAUUUUCAAAGACUAAACCAAACGAAUUCGGAUACUAACCGAUACACAACCGAUUUGAAAGAAAUUAAUUUAAACACCCACAGCCUAAUAUUUAGCAACGAUUUCUCAAACCCAGAGAAUCACAACAAAUUUAACUUUAAAACCGAAGAUUACUCCAACUCACACAAUUCACACAAUGAUUUACAACACACACAAGAUUUACAAGAUUCACAAGAUUUACAAGAUUCACAAGAUUUACAAGAUUCACAUAAUAACACGCACAAUACAUACAAUGACACAUAUGUUGAUGGAUGUGUGAGUGAUGUUGAGGAGUUAGAGUGUGUGUCGUAUGAGUUUCGGUUUAACAAGGGGGACGAGUUUGAAUAUUUUAACGGCGAUGAUUUGUUUUCAAACAGGGAAACUGACGACUUAUUCUAUCCAGACAAUCCACAGUACCACCACUCAUACGCUACAAGAGAUUUGCAUAAAGAUAAUUUCUCAGAACAACUAACCAACCAAGACGAUAAAUCCGAACGCUCCUCCCAAAAUUUUGAUUCAAUCCAUAUCAACAAUUUGGAUACUCUCAAUAAUCUCAAUAAUAUGAACGAAUUGGAUAAUGAUCUGGAUAACAAUGUGAAUGAUCGGGAUGAUAAUUUGGAGGGAAAGUAUGUGGUUGGAAACUGUUUUGCGGGUUUUAACUCUGGCGCUGAUUACUUUAGAGCAAAUUAUAAGGAUCUUGACAUGUCAAAUAACCCUGCGGGCUCAAUGUUAUCUGAAAGUGAUUUAGAAGAACAAGAGAAUCCCGACACACAAGUCACAAGCUUCGACCCUGAAAAUAAUAAUUAUCUACAAUGCAAACGGGAUUCGAAUUCCCCAGUAACCAAGAGUAAUCCGAAUUCAUUAACCAAGAUGAAUCUGAAUUCCCCAGUAACUAAGAAGAAUCCCAAAUCCUCACUAAGUAAUAUGAAUCCCAAUUCAUUAACUAAGAUGAAUAUGCUUAAAAUGAGAAGUUUGUCGCAAUUUGAAGAAAAGGACGUGUCAAAUGCGUUUCGGGGAAAUGAUUUCAAUUACAAAAGUUUGGGGAAAAUGAGACGUGACGUGUGUGAGUCGAAUAAUUUGUAUCAAGCGGAUACAGAUAACACAGCCCGGUCAAGCUUUUCUGACCCCGCGUACAGACUAAACUCGCCGUACCUCAAAAAUCAAUCCACAGACUCAGAAACUAAUCAACAAGAUUUCACACACAAUCGUCAUCCAGACACCUCAAAUCCCAAGUGGCAGUGUGGUAAGUUUGAGGAUUUGUGUAUUUCUGCGAGGGUGGAUCAGUUGGAGGCGUGUGUAAAGAGUUUCGAAUCAUGUUUGAAAAGCAUAUCAGACCAGUUGAGUAAGUCGCAGGGCGGUGUUGAGUCUGGCGCGGAUUCGCCGGAGUUAACAUCGCCGCAAAAGUGCCCGAAGCCAGAGCAUGUGUCUGACUUUGAGUAUAUGGAAGCUUAUAAAGCGGCAUUGGCCAUUAAAAAGCUACUCCACGUUAAAUCCAUGGACUCGUUGAUCCCUGCCUUCACAGCAUUCGUACAAAACAGGAAGGCCUGAAUCAGUACCACACACCCUAGCGCAAUAAUCUUUUAAUUUUUAGUA